UGUAACUCUUCAAAUAAAAUUCCUCUGCAUAUGAGUUAGCUGUUUUACAUGAGUUAAGGCUAAAGGAAUACUUGGCUCAGCAGAGUUCUGACAUUGUGUCAGCCUGGCUUCUAAAAGGGAUUUCCAAAAGAUUUAGGAAUGUGUUUAUGGGAAUUUCUCACCAUUAUUCCAAAAGUGCAUUUGUGAGGUCAGACACUGAUGCUGGAUGAGAAAGACUGUCUUGUAGUCUCCACUUUAAUUCAUGUUGUUCUGUCGUGUUGAGCUCAGGACUUUGUGCAGGCCGUUCAAGUCCCUCCACACCAAAAUCACUCAUCCAUGGCUCUGUGAACCUUGCAUUGUUUACUGGUUGUUACGGCCCUAGCAGGGCCUCCUCCUGAAGGUGCCUGUGUGGGUGUGUCUCCACCACACAAACAGUCACAUACAAGCAGCCCUAUACCACAACAAGUUACUUUAAUCCAAAAAGUUCAGUAAAUCAAGCAUACUAGUGACCAACCACAAAAUGGAGAGCUAUGGCCACACAAUGAUCACAUCAAGGGUGAUCAUUGUGUGGCCAAUCACACAAUCAUGCUGGAACAAGCCAUCCAAAAACUGUUCCCAUAAAGGUGGGAACAUGAAAUUGUCCAAAAUGUCUGAAGAGUUACUUAAGAAGAGGGGUCGAGCCCAACACCUGAAAAACAACCCCACACCAUAAACGCAUCUGCCAAACGCCAAACUCAGACUCAUCAGUUGAAAUUGUCAGAUGGAGAAGUGUGAUUUGUAACUCCAGAGACCAUGCACUUUACACCACUCCAUCUGGUACUCUAGAGAGUCCAUUAAGCUCUCUAUGAACUGUUCUUGAGCUAAUCUGAAGGCCACAUAAAGUUUGGAAGUCUGUACUAGUUGUCUCUGCAGAGAGUUGGAGACCUCUGUGCACUAUGAGAAUCUCUGAUUUUGCUUUAAAACAGAGUUGCUGUCAUUGCCAGCUGCUUCCACCUUGUUAUAAUACCACUAACAGUGGUAUUAUAAUUAACAAAGACAUACUUGUACAUUCUUACCCAAAGCUCCUCCAUCAAGGUCCUCUCCUCCGGAUGCAUUUUGGAAACUGAGGCAGGAAGACAAGGAGGCUUUAGAUAGGAAAAUAUCAACAUAAUUCAAGGCUAUUUUAAAUAAGCCCACCAUGGCUCCACAGUGUCCCCUGCAUGGCUGGAGUUUUAUUUUGAGACUUUUAAUUACAAGUUUCUUCUUUGUUUUCACUGUAACUGUUGUUUUUUGUGUGUUUGAUAUGUGCAGCCUAAACCUACAUUUGAUGAUAUGUCUCCUGAGCUGACAGCUCUGCUGAAAUCAGCCAGAGAGCAACAAACCUUCAGAGAACACGACCUGCUCAAGACUUCAGAGAAGGUGGAGACAAUAAUGCUGGUGACAGAGCCACAUGACGAGGACGAGGCAAUGGUGGACCAGCAAAAGAGCCAAGUAGAAUCUGAUACUCCUGCUGGUCUGCUGCUGAGCUCACACAGCUACACUACCGAGACCUCCAACACCACUACCACCACUCACAUCACCAAGAUGGCAAAAGGGGGGAUUUCUGAAACCAGAAUAGAAAAGAGGAUUGUGAUUUCUGGAGAUACAGAAGUUGACCACAACCAGGACUGAAUCUGGACGCCCAAGGGGUUUAGUAUAGAGUGCAUUGCCAGA